AGAGAUUAUUGCGUCACUUCUCUGGAUAUAAUCUUUCAUGAUGACACCAAUUUAUUUUUAGUUUGACUUAAAAUUGAAAUUUAAGCCCCAUCCCAAAUAUUGGAAUUUAUUUUGGGCUAACCUUCGGCGUAAUUGCUGCAGCUCUCACAGAUCCUUGUUUCCUUUCUAUAGAUAACUCAUCUCCGUAAGUUGGUCAACUCCUCUCUCUCCAGCAAUGGCGAUUAGGGUUUUCUCCAUCAUUGUUCUUCUUCUCCUAUCUUCGUCAUUUCUUCAAGUUUCUAGAUGUGACUCAGAAGGUGCAAAAGAAGUAUGGGAAAAUACCGAAGACGGAGGAGAUCUUGGAAUUGUUGGUGAGGAUGUCCGAGAUUUUGGUGGUGGGACUUAUGGUCCAGCUUCAGAAGUGGAAACCAUUUGUGUUUUUCCUAAAAACCCAUCUAAAUUUGUUCCGGCUGGGGAGGAGAGCGAACUUUUAGUUGGAUUAAAGAAUGAUGCGGCAUCAACUUUGAAUGUUAUUGCAAUCCAGGCUAGUCUUCAUCUUCCAUAUGACCAUCAAUAUUUGGUUCAGAAUCUCUCUGUUCAGGGUUUUAACAAUGCAACUGUUCCACCUUCUGCUCAAGCAACAUUUCCAUACAUAUUUGGUGUCAGCAAAUUUUUGCAGCCCGGGUCUUUUGAUCUUGUUGGGAAUAUUGUGUAUGAAAUAGACCAGAAUCACUAUCAAAGCACAUUCUACAAUGGCACCAUUGAAGUGACCGAGCCUGGAAGUGUUCUCAGUGUUGAGUCUGUUUUCUUGUUUUUUCUUGGAGUUGGUAUUCUUGGCCUUCUUGGAUUCUGGGUUCAUGGUCAGAUCCAGCGCUUCUCAAAGAAAACUAAGAGGGCUCCAAAGGCAGCAAAGGUCGAAGUUGGAACUGCAACAAGGGAUGCUGCCAUGGACGAAUGGUUGCAGGGAACUUCGUUUGCCCAGUCACAAUCUAAAUCAAAGAAGAAGAAUUAAAACAACAAAGUGUUUUGAUUAGUUGUGUGCUGCAUCUGCAUUCAUUCUAGAGAGGAAGUUUCCUGUGUUGGGCGUUUGAAUUUUGGCGAAUGCUGAAAAGCUAUGGGAUAGUUAAAAUUGUAUUCAAACAACCCCUACACCAGUGAGUGUUGUAGCUGUACACUAGCUACUAGACUUUGCCCAUUGUGUUUUUACUGCCAAAACUGACUUCACCUAUGAAAUAGGUUUGAAAAAAAAACAAUUUUUUCAACGCCCGAUCCUUUUACUGUUUC